AUGUCGCUCCGGCGGCGCCUCCUAGGCCUCUCCGCCCACAUCCGCCGCUCCCUCUCCACCGCCGCGGCCUCCUCGCAGUCGCACCCGCCAUGGGCGAUCAUCGACGGCACGUCGAUGGUCGACAGAUCGUCGUCGGCCCCGGUGGCGUGCUUCCGCCCCGUCCAGCCUCCAGGCGUCUCCGACUUCACGGCCCCGGCGCACCUCCUCAGCCCCAGACCACGCCCCGCCGCCCCCGACAGCAACGUCGUCCAGUCCCUCUUCGGCAGCGUCGGCGCCGUCAGCGGCGACGGCCACCUCCUCCUCACCUACCACGACCUCCGGGCGGAGGGCCCCUGCACCAAGUGGGAUUUCGCGCGGGACCUCGAAAUCCAGCGCUUCGUCUGCAACCCUGUCAGCGGGCAGAUGCUCCGCCUGCCCGACAUCGGCCGCUCCAGGAGGACCCUCGUCGUCCACCACAUGGGCCUCCUCACCCAGGGCGCCGGUGGCGGGCCGCCUGACAGGUUCGCCGUCGCCGAUCUCCUUUCCCAUGGCGCCAUCAUUCCGCGGUUUCUCUCGGAGGAAGGGGAGUGGAGGACGGUGAUUCGGGCCACACCAUCCUUACGGCUGCCGCGCCUGAUGGAGGUGAACCAGGAGACGGUUGCCUUCGGCGGCCGCCUGUGGUGGGUCGACCUCACCCUGGGCGCCAUCUCCGUCGACCCGUUCGACGACCGGCUGAAGACAAGCUUCGUCGAGCUGCCGAGCGGCAGCGUGCUGCCUGCGCGCGCACCUACAGACAGCCAACAUUUUGGGGACAGGCGUCGAGCUGCCGAUGACCAGAAUCUGUUCAUGCGGGAGGUGGCCAAGCACCGGCGCAUGGGCGUCAGCGAGGGGAGGCUGCGCUAUGCCGAGGUGUCUCCCCACGACCCGUUCGUGCUCAGCUGCUUUGCGCUCGACGACGAGGGCAGCAGCUGGACGCUGGAGCACGAGGUGGCGCUCAAGCAGGUCUUGGCUGAUGGAGGCUACCCGUCGGCGGCGCCACAGAUCGCCGUGCUUGACCCACUUCACACCAAUGCCAUCUACCUCAAGGUCGGUGAGCACCUCGUCGUCGUGGACAUUCACAAUGGGAAGGUGAUUGGGGCAUCGCCGCUUCAAGAGCAAUACCUCUCUCUUGUGUCAUGUGUGCUUCCACCAUGGCUUAGAUCAAGCCAGAUCCCUACGGCAGGCAAGAGGGAUGACAUGGAAGCGACAGAUGAUCUGGUUAGUUGCAUCUAG